AAGCUCCCCUCCGCCCACUGUCCCGAUCACCCGGUCACGCGAGGCACCCAUCUCAGCUUCCCAGCCGUCAAAGUCAACCUUCCCUCCCUUUACAAGGCAUGGCGGCGCAAGCAGAGACGCCUCAGCUCAAGAGAGCGCAAGAAGCCUUCUCACCUGCUCCUACAGGCUCUCCAUCCUCAUCCACCAUACUCACACCCACACCCGUCUCCCCUCGCAGGGUCAAGAGGCGAUCCCCUGCGCCUGUGCUGGCAAGAUGGCAGCACGAAGCUGAUGUUUCGGCCGACGGAAGCAGCGCAGGAAGUCCAGUGGGAUCGCUGAGGGCGAUGACGCCGAGUAAAACAUCAUACGAAAGUAUGAACAAGACUGCGUCGCCCAGCAUCCUGGUGCCCAAAGAUGUCAAUGCCACCACGCCGGAAGACUUGGCAGAUCACAUCUUGAACCUCAGUAUCACAGGCACCACAACUAAUAUCCCGGUUGGCGCAUCAGCCGCUGAGCCUACUCCGGACUCCGGCAAUAGGGAGGCAGACGCAGCGACUACAGAGAACAAGGUGGAGGCGCUCUCAUCAGAGCCUGCAACAGACAUCCCUGCUUCACUUGCCCAGGCUUCCGAGGACAUCGCUGCCAUCCGAGAAGCCAUCUUCCAGCUCGAAGAAAAACGUCACACCAGUGCCAAAAUGGCAGAUGGAGAGAUGGAGGUGGCCAUCAUCCACAUCGAUGGACGACUGGAGAGUAUCUCCGCUAAUGUACAGCAGAUAGAGUCCGCGCUUGCCCGCCAGGGAACAGUGGAUGGGAGCGACGCAGAGCGCAAGCAAGCUAGCGCAAGCGUCUUCGAUUUCGGAUUCGCUAAUCCAGCGAGUAGUAGCUCGGGCGACCUCCAGUCCGCCUUCGAGGAUCUUGCCAGCGAUUGGAUGGCUAUCCAGUCCGAGGUGGACACCCUCAAGAAGGAAUUGGGAGACACAAAAUACGUCGAGCACUUCCAGACGUUCAGCAAGCAGGUGACCGACAUCAUGGACAGUCUGGAGAGAGCGCUCACAGAGUGUUCCACCUUUGUCACGACGUUCAAGAAGGAAGGCCUGGCCGCGAAAGGCUCAGACGACGAGGAAGACGAAGAGAUGCGAAAGCAUAAGCAAAUGCGGCGGUUCGAAGCUGCAAAGAAGAGUUUCAGGACGAAGCUCUCUUACUACCUCCCGCCAUGCGAGCAGACGUUCACCUCCUUCGAGCGCAGUCUCAAGGACCGAGGGACUUCGCAUGGAGCGAUCACGAGGCAGCUCGGUGAAUUGAACACACGGUGGAGAGCCCUGAAGGAGAAGUCGAACAAGGUGGAUCGCGAGCUGAAGAGACUAGACAGAGCGUUCACAGAUGCUGAACAAAAGAACCAACCAAGUACGAGCACGCAGCCUGCCACUCUCGAGGUUCCGACAUCUGCAGCUCUGCCAGCAUCUCCUCUACCUGCAGACAGUUCUCUGCCAUCCACUCCACUCAAGCCAAUGAGGGACCCAAGCCGAGUCUUGAGCUCAGGAGCAGGCGAACGCUUUCCUGGACCACCUCCGGCGAGUGGCGGCCUGACAAGAAGUCCAGCAGGUCCUUCUUCCUUGUUGCUCGUGCCCUCGACAGCGUCUCGCUUGCCAUCGACAUCUACAAAUUACACUCACGUGUUUCCGGUGAGCGGGUCAGCGGACGGACAAAGAGGGUCUGCCGAAGAGCCCCUCCCCAGGACGAGCGGCCUCGAAGGGACUCCGCGUACAGCAGCGAAGCGAAUGUCCGCUUCCCCGGAAAUGCUGAGGGGUAGCACUGCCAGCCCGAAGCGGAGAAUUGUGGGACUGGGUCCAGUUGGCUCUACGGCCAGUCAAGCUCCCAGCAGCUACCGCUUUGCUUCCAGUGAUCUGGGCACAGGCACCGAUCGCAAUGCUGCUCUGGGAUUCAAGACGCCGCAGCCCGCAACGCCGUCCCAGAGGGCGAGAUCCGAGGCAGUACCUCGAGGUAUGGACAAUGAUGCAAUGGAGAUGCUAGCCGAUCGGCCGAGCUCAAGAGCCUCUGCUGCUCCUCCCACUACGCCAGCUGCGGGCAAAGCAGCCGCUAGACGACUUAGUCAAAUUCCUGGCCCCACUCCCAGACCUGGGUCAGCAAUGUCGAAAGCGCGUUCGACCGUAGGCAGCUCAGCACCGAUGACUCCCAGCGCUAAUCGACUUUCCUACGGUGGUGGUGCCAGUCGUGCCGGCAUGCAAACUCCGGAGCCUGUGAUCGCAGCGCGAGUGAAGAACUUGAGUGUGUACAGCAAGCCCUCAAGCGGAGCGCCUUCUACAUCAAGUGCCAGCAAUGGGCCAGGAGGGUUGGCAACGCCACGACGGAAAGUAUUGGGAGGCCCUCCAUCGAGGCCUCCUGUGUCGCGUUCCUCCAUCCCACCAAGUCCAGCCUUGCGCGUCAAUGGUCGUACGACGCCUCUUUCUGCCUCGGCUCUGGCAAAGGUCCCACAUGCUGCCCCGAUGUCGAUGAAUGGGACAAAUCUGUCUGCUGGAGAGAGGAGCACCAGUAUCACCCGCCCUCCUUCCGUCGCCUCAUCCAGCGUUGCCAAUUUCCGAGCCUCAAGAGCCUCGAUCAUAGCCGGCAACGGUCUGCUUGCCACACCCGCCUCGAAGCGAAACGGAAGGGAAGGGGCAACUACUCCUACACAAUCCGAAGGUGGCUACUCUUCCUUUUCCCAGGGGACUGGCUUUGGUGGGGCAGCAGGAGGCCGGACCUCCCGCGCCGGCAGCAUCGCUCCCACAUCUCGCUUCCCCUACCGUCCCAAUCCUAACGACGCCUUGGACGUAGCCAUCUCCAAGAUCACCAACAGGGAGGGCGUCUACCUAACCCGUGAGGAUCCUCCUCUGCCUCGUGGGCAAAAGACUGACUCUGGACCUGGCAAAGAGGUGCGAGCACGCUAUAGGUUCGGGGAUCAGAGGAGCGUCAUGACGUGCAAACUCCUGGAGUUGCACAAGCCCGCUAGGGCCUCUGCCCUUGUGACUCGUCAGAUGGAGGAAGAGGGAAUUGAUGAAAAGGGAGUACAGAGAAAAGUACUGGUCAAGGUACCCAGUAAAGGAUUUUUGGAUCUAAAGGUCUGGCUGAACAGCUCUUUUGCGCAAAUGGAUGAAGAGGAAGAUAUGGGCAGCGUUAGCAUGAUCAGUUAUGGACCUGAUGAGAGUUUGGGAGAGACGUUCUGAGAGCGAGAGACGAGGGGAGGGUGGGGAGGCCAGAGCGAGAUACUUUACUUGUACAUGACUUCCAUCUUGAUUGUAACAACACUUUGCUCAAUUCUGCACAUUUUGUUUGCCCACGAGUCAUGUAAUGUUAAAGGUAUUGGCAAGUAUCAUUCUAGAGAGCGCCUAUAAGUACAGUACAGAAGCUAGAUGCAGGAAAAAGAAGAGUGACAAUGGCAGAAGUGAGUAUCGGAGAGGAUGCGGA